CUUCACUUCCCUUUCAGACCAGUAUCCUUGAUGCCACCAAGCUGCCGACAAGUAUCCGAACAUCUCAAGACCGAAGCAUAGUCCACCGCAGGUGGCAUUAAGGUCGCCCAUAAUGUACAACACAAUAACCCGCGCCCAAAACACAUUUGGCUUCUUCACGACGGUGGCCUUCUUCGUCGCCGCCUUCGUCGCCCUCUCUGACCUCGUCACCCCGCGCGCCCCCUCCGUCGGCUCUCUGAAGACGACAAACAUCCAGGUCGUCAAGGGACGCCCCCAUUACUACAGCUCCAAAAAAGAGGAGUACGCCAUCAUCAAGUUCUCCCUCGACGCCAACCUCUCGGACCUCUUCACCUGGAACACCAAGCAGGUCUUCGUCUACGUCACGGCCGAAUGGCCCGACAGCUCCAAGGCUGCUGCCGGCACGAACGCCACGAACCAGGCUGUCAUCUGGGAUCAGAUCAUCACGUCUCCCAGCGCCGACCACCUCGCCAACAUUGGCCCCGCCGCUCUGCGCAAGUUGAGGAAGAGCGCCGAGGGCAAGAGCAUCGAUCCGAGCCGUGGCAAGCUCCGCAUAAAGAACCAGAAGCCCAAGUACCAAAUUACCCACCCCUCGAGCAAGAUUGCCGAGACCGACAAGGUCGUCCUGAAGCUGCACUACAACGUCCAACCGUGGGUUGGCAUCCUGACAUGGAACCAGAACCAGGAUAUUGGUAGCUGGAAGGCCCUCAAAGGCGGUGUCAGCAAGAUCUUCAAACUUCCUGCUCUCAAGGUUAAGGAGAGCAAAGAUAAGAAGUCUUGAAGUAGAUAGAUCAUGCGAUUCUGGCGUCACUUGAUACAAGUCUUGAAACACUGACAUCGAGUUUUCGCAAGUGACGAGAUGCAUCGU